AUGGGAUAUUGUUUGUGAUUAUUUUGGUUAUUGAAAUUUCAUAUUGCAAGGAAGAGCAUGUAAUAUAAUUAUUGUUUAAUAAAUAUUUAGGCUUUAGUCUAUUUUGUAUUUAUGUGUAGCGUCUAUGAAGUUACUCCUUUUUUUGUGAAUAAAACUUUAAACCCUCAAAAAUCGCAAUUUUAUGUAUGGUAAUUAUAUAUUAAUUUUAAGAAGGCAGUAUUUAGUAAUUUUCUCAGUUAUGUUUUUGAAGGUGCUUUUUGAGAUACCAUUUACAGUCUUUAUUUACAACGGUAUUAGUGUUCCUUCGCUUAAACGUCUGUAAGCUUUCUGAAAUAUACUUAUAAUCAGUGCAAAAAAGGUUUUCAGGCUAAUAUUGGUGAUAUAGUUACAUAAAAAACAUGUACGAUUCGCCGGGAACUCUUCAAGACACUUGCAUAAACUAUAUUUGCAAAAAUGUUGAAGCAGUGUGUGAAGUUGUGCCACAGUCUCCAGAAGAGACAAGCUCAGAGCAAGAACCGCAGGCCCAUUCAGUGGUGGAAAAGGUUUUGAGGUUUGCUUUUAGGGACCCAGAUACUUAUUUGCACUCUGAAAUAUCGGAGCAGUUAUUAACUGCACUCAGCAGACAUGGGAAGUUGGAUGAUGGAACGAUGACCCUGUUUACGGCAGAUGUUGCAAGACUCACGUCGGUCCACAUAAGAAAGGGUGGCUGCCUGUCGACCAGAGGGCUCCGGGUGCUGCGAGACCACAAGAUCUGGGACCUGGAAGUCACGGGCCUGAAGGUCACCGUGAACGACCUGAUUGGCUGUCUGGGGGAGUGGACCCUGAACAACCUGAGGUCGCUCAACGUUGCCCACAGCACGUUCAUGGAUGGCUUCAAGUACUGCGUGAUGGUGGCCCUGUCGAAACUGCGCAACUUGCACGCGCUGAACGUGAGCUGCACGGAGUUCAACCGGCACGGGCUGGAGAUAGUCGCGGAGGACCUGGUCCACCUGGAGAGCCUGGACAUCUCCUGCACGAGGGUGGACGACAUCACUCCCCUGCGCAAGUGCCGCGACCGCCUUAAGUCCCUCACCAUGUACAACCUCAAGGUAGCCUUUGAUGAAAAAGUUAUAUCAGUCCUGCAAGAAUUGCGGGAGCUGCGGAUCCUGGAUGUAUCGUGCGAGAAGGACAGUAAUAAUCCGUUUGAGAUGUUCGCUCCUCCGGUAGUCUCCAAGGUAGCAGAGUUCUUGCAGUCCGUUGAGCUUCCUCAUCUGGUAUCUCUGGACCUGUCAGGCAAGGAAAAUGUUGGCAUUGGGGAACUGCUCAAGUUUCUGACCCACCACCCCAACUUGCGCUUCCUCGGUAUUCUUCAUUCCGAUGCGUGUUCCGAGCCUUGCUUCACCAACACCAGGGACUUUGGUUACAGGAAGACUCUGAAAGUUGCUGGCACCGCUAGUGAAGCCCAGCUUCUGGAGGCGUUGCGUGUGUACGUGAACCGUCCGAUGUACAUACAGAAGUGCCUCUACAACUUGUUCCGGCUGACGCCUGGCUACACAGAUGCAAGGGUGGACGUCAUCAUGCUGGUGUUGCCGAGCAUGCAGCUUCAUCCCCAGCAGUUCGGAGUGCAGAUGGCCGGCUCUGCGUGUCUCUACAACCUGACCAAGGGAGACCUGUCCCAGAAGAUCCACCCCUCGGUGCUGCGGCAGGUGGUCGACGUCACACUCACUGCCAUGGAGAACUUCCCGAACCAUUUUCAGCUGCAAAAGAACACACUGCUGACGUUGUGUAGCGACCGUAUCCUCCAAGAUGUUGCGUUUGAUAAAUACCGCUGUGCUCGUCUAGUCAUGAAUUGCUUGUGCACGUACGACGACGCUUCUCUCGACCGUAUGUGCGUCGCAAUAUGCAGCAUCCUGGCUGCCAAAAUAUCCACCAGUGAGACAUCAAUGCUGGGCGCGGAGCCAAAGUACAUGCGGAAAUUGUUGGCUAUUGUAAAGUAUAAGGUGGAGUCUGGGACUGUGGAUAUCACCACAAAAUUUACACUUAGUGCACUGUGGAACCUUACAGACGAGUCCCCCUCGACGUGCCAGGUGUUCCUGGACGAGGGGGGCAUGAAGCUGUUCCUGUCCGCGCUCAAGACGUUCGAGAACGAGAGUGCGGUGGAGACCAAGGUGCUGGGGCUCAUCAACAACAUUGCCGAGGUCACCCACCUGCGCACCAGCCUCAUGGUGCCCGAGUUCGUAGUCAUCCUCAGGAAGCUGCUUCACUCGCAGCAUAUAGAUGUCAGCUAUUUCGCGGCAGGCAUCAUAGCUCAUCUGGCAAGUGAUGGCUCUGCUGCAUGGACAGUCACUCUCGUCACUAGGAACAUGAUUCUUGAAGAACUGGGUGAAGUGGUGACCAGCUGGCACACGCCCGAGGGCGAAAUGGUCGCGUACCGUUCCUUCCACCCUUUCUUUCCCCUCCUCACCAUAAAGGAUGCGUAUCAGGUGCAGCUGUGGGCCGUCUGGGCGAUACACCACGUGUGCACCAAGAACGCGAAGCGAUACUUCCCCAUGCUGGUCCAGGAGACCGGGAACAAGAUCCUUGCCAACCUCUCGGCCGACCCGAUGGUGCACCCGAGCGUGCGGAGAAUCUGCGGCUUGAUUCUUGACGAGCUGGCUGUGGAACGCGUCAACGGCAUGCUGUGACCCGGUGUAGUGCCGUCUCCUUUACCUCGUUUUUUCCCUCACCACUUCUGAGAGCGUGUCAGUUCGUCUGUGAUGAGUGAGGGCUGAGGGCAGCGCAGACACGGUACCCGCUCCGUGGCAGCGCGAGCACGGACCUGUGAUGCUGGAACGUAGCGCGCAUUACUCUUCAACUGCACCUUCACAGUGUCGACAGACAUCCCUGUGUUCAGUCAGCAUAGAUCUGAAAUUGCUGUUGGAUGUUUUGCCCUCUUACCACCUCUGCAAGCCCAAACAAACCCGUUUCAUUGCCGACCGCCGAGUUCUGUAACUAAUGUGCAGGAAAAUAACUUUCGUUUGAUUGCAGCUAUUUUAUGUGUAGUUUUGAGAUUCAAGUUUUUGGUACUAAAAAUUAUUCUUAUGUUAAAAGUAUUAAAGUGGAUUGAGUUAUUCAUUUUAACGCUAGUGAUGUGGUGCUUACCAUCCCCCCCCCCCUCCCCCAUAAAAACAUAGCUCAUUGAAACCAUUAUUUUUUAGCGGCAGUCCUCAUUUUAUACAUGGUGCAGCAAUAAAUGGCUAGGGUUGUGCGAAUAUUUGUUACUGGUGUCAUUGGUGAAAUAUUUUGAACAUUUAAUUUUUAUUGUGAUGGCAUAUUUGUUGUAAAAUUAAUAUUUGAGUGUCUAAUUAUCAUUUAUUUAGUUUAAUUGAAAUGACUAGGCCACAACCUAUGAUAUAUUAUUAUUUGAUUAAAUUUCAAAGACAUUUACUUUAUAAUAACAAAUAUUAAAGUGUAUUCAAAGUUUAGUGUAACUGCUGAAUACCACUUUGUGUAAAUUAUUGAAAUUGAGGUUAAUUGUCAAUGAUGUACUUUUUAAAUGCGUGCAUACCCAGUUAAUUAAUUGACUCAUACUUAUUCUAACAUAUGCACAGUAAACAGCAGAAAGGCUCAAAUAUAGAUAUAUUGAUAGGCUAUGGUUUAAUUUUUUUGAUUAGUUGAAGAUAAGCGUAUACCAAUAAGCAUUUUAAAUCCGCUGCAGAAAAAUCCCCAGAAAUCUGAAAGCAUACUUCUUUUAUAGUGGUAUUUUACUAUUUAUAAUCAUAAAUUUGAAAUAUCUAUUGUAUUAGCAAAAAUGCACGUACAUACAAGUAUUUGUUAAGAUAUUAUUAACUAUUUAAAUGAAAGUUAAAAAAAAAUGUUUUUAUAUUUUUAUUUGAAUUAGAUUUUAAAAAAUCUGGUAUUGCACAGGUUGUGCAAGUUACAAGGGAAUUGUGCAAGUUACAAGGGAAUUUUAUUUUCAUGUGCAAGAAAACCAAAUAUUUAAACCAAAAUUAAAAUUUUUUUUUCAAAUCUAGGAGUUGGAGUCAUAUAGGACAAUCUCAUAAGUACUUUCGUUACUAGGUACCAAAAAUUUUGAGUUUUAUCAGGUUAGUUGACAUUAGAUUAUGCUUUACUUUAAUUUAUUUUGUUAAAUAUCACAAUUUUUAAAUUAUUCACAAUGCAAUUGAAAUAACUUAAUGUGAAAUAAAAGUUUAGCAGGUGUUUUGGUUAGUUUUUCUGCAUAUUCAUAUAUUUAUUAAGUAUGUUAGUUAAAUUAUACUUUCUUUUUUUUUAUAUUCCAAGAAAAUAGACUAAUAUUAGUUUUGGAAACAAUUAUCCUUAAAAUUUUAACCUUUAGAAUAAUUUACAUUAUGUUAUAGAACAGCAAUAUUCGCACAAUCGUAGGUGCCACUUGGUGUGUGUUGUUGAUCAUCGUUUUCCUGAAAAGAUUGAGUCUUUUGUUAUGUUUACUUAAGUUCAGCAUUGUAUAAGUAAUUUCUUAACAACUUUGAAAAUUGUAUGACAUAAUAUUAAUGCAAUAGUGCAUACAAAUAUUGUUAGAAAUGGGGACAAGUUGAUUAUCUUGCAUGUUAGUUUAAUAGGCCAAUUAAUUGGAACCCUAGGGAAUACAGGUUUGCACCAAUCGACAAAACGUAUAUAAAAAAUAACUGACCAAGAGUAAAUUCUGCUUUUAUGGUGGAAUUUUAAAUUAACAUAAAAUUAUAUACCACGGAAGAUUUUUAAUGGCUUUCAAAAUUUCGGAUCACUUAUUUUAGUGCUUUGAUUCUUAGUUGUUAGCCUUUGAAUUUAUAAAUAAAAAAAAUUGUUAUAAAAUCUUAAUUUAUUGUACUUUUUUUUACCAUUGUAAAAUAAGAGCGUCUUCCAAAGGGAAAUAAGCGCUAAUGUCAAAAUGUUCAAAAAAUGCAAUUGUAUGUAUAAAUGGUCUGAAGUAUGAAACCAAAUGAUGUGAAUAGCUGAAAUGUUCGUGUCUCUUUUUAUAUGUCCUUGUGAAUUCACCAGUUUUAGCCACAAAAAUAUUACAAAGAUUUCUUGCACUGAAUUCUUGUAUAAUCACUUAAAUUAAUAUUAAGACACUUAUCAGAGAAUGACGAGGAGUUAAGUGGGUUAUUCUUUUCAAAAUGAGCCAAAUGGCAUUGAAGUAUAAGUUACUUGUGUGUAUGAGACUCAAACCAAACUCUGUAAAUACUUGUUUUUGCUAUCCUGUUAAUUUACUGCAGGAUGUUUCUUAUGUGUGUUAUGUUUCUUACCAGCCUUCCAAAAUGGAUUAUUUAAAUAAACAGUAAUGCUGGCAGCAAGGGGCACAAGUACAAGCUUAAUUGCUGAGAAUAUUUUAUGUAGUUUUUAACUACUUGUGUAUUAACUGUGAGCAAGCAUAUCAUCAAUUUGUGCAGCCCUGCGGCCUACAUGCUGCUAUUCUGGCCAUCUUAAUAUUGCUGUCCAAGAUGGUGUUUUUUUUUUGUUUGAUUUUACUUUUCUGUAUGCAGAAUCUAAUUUUCUGAUAAAGUUAAGUGCCUGAACCAUGUUUUGCUUACCUAUAUCUAAAUGCAAACACCUCUCUUACAUUCAGUUUCUUAGUGGCAUGUAUGCAAGUUCCAGUGGAACAGGUUAAACAAGAGAAUUUCUCCCACCCGAACAUAGAAAUUUUCUUUUCUGCAUGUUGACUUGAGAUUUCCCUUUAAUUCUAAAAAUUUUGUAAGAAACAUCCCGUAAAAAUUAUUUUCCUAGUCAAAGUGACAAGAAAACUAAUUGUACAUUGUCUUGUGUCAUUCCACGCGGCCAGGAUAGGUUGUGUUGUGUUGUGUUGUGUUUAUUAGUUUCCUUGCUGCAUGUCACCUGUGUUGUAAUUUGUUGUGGCGUAGUAUAAAAAUAAACUUAUCAAAUAACCCAA